GAAGGAAAAAGUUCAGGAAGUAGCUCACAGCAGCUGCGCUUGUGUUUCUGUCAGCAGGUUUGGGCAAAUGUUUCGGGUUUUUCGGGGAGGCAACACACAGCUAAGACAUAUUUCUCAGUUUUGUAGGAAUAUGUCUAAAACGCAUAAUGAACGUGGAACAGACAACAGGUCGGUGCAUUCAGACACCAUCGAGGAGGUUCACAACGUGCCGAUGCAGGUGAUCAUCAGACCGUUUCCUCCAGAGCUGGACGAGCAGAAAGUCCAGAGUCUGAUGGAUACCAUUAAGGAGACGGCAGACAUCAGCGUUGUUCCUCCCAUUGAUGUUCUCUGGAUCAAAGGCAGAGAGGGAGGAAAUUACUACUACUCCUUUGGAGGCUGUCACAGGUUUGCUGCCUAUCAGAGGCUCAACAUGCCAACCAUCCCAGCCAAACUCAUCAGAUCAAACAUCUCAGACCUCAGGACUUACUUGGGGGCUUCAACGCCUGACCUGCUCUAAUGCUGUGGGGGGUUUUCUUGUAAUAAUCAGGGGUUUCCAGCUCC